CGUGCUUCUGUUACUGUACGUGAGGUGGGCGGGGAGAGCUCAGCUGUGCGCAGAAACCCCCAGCAUGAAGGACGGCAGCCCGCGUCAGCGAGCCUAAUCUCCGCGGCUCCCCUCCCGACGGACGGACGGAAGGUCGCGGUGGUGUCGAUCUGCCGGGGAUGGACUUCGUCUUGGCCGGCGCGGCGGCCUGCGGAGCGUGCCUCUUCACCAACCCGCUGGAGGUCGUCAAGACGCGGAUGCAACUGCAAGGGGAGCUGAAGAGCCGCGGCACCUACCAGGUUCACUACCGCAACGUCUUCCACGCGUUCUACACCAUCGGCAAAGUGGACGGCCUGGCCGGCUUGCAGAAAGGGCUGGUGCCCGGGCUGUUCUACCAGUUCUUCAUGAACGGGGUCCGCCUCGGCUCCUACGCCAUCAUUGAGUCGGCGGGUCACAUCCACUCCAACGGCAGGGUCAGCGCGGCGAAGACCACCGUGGCCGGAGCUGCCGCCGGGGUGGUGGGCGCCGUCAUGGGCAGCCCCGUGUACCUGGUGAAGACUCAUCUGCAGAGUCAGUCCACGUCGUCCAUCGCGGUGGGACACCAGUAUGAACACCAGGGGAUGGUCCACGCUCUGAGAGUCAUCUACAGGCAGCACGGCAUUCUGGGACUGUGGAGGGGCUCCAGUGCUGCUGUGCCCAGGGUCAGCGUGGGCUCUGCGACCCAGCUCUCCACCUUCUCCUCCUCCAAGGAGCUAGUCAUCGACCUGCAGGUUUUCCCGCAGAACAGCUGGUUGGUGCCUCUAAGUGCUGGCAUGAUCAGCAGCGUGGUGGUGGUGCUGGCCAUGACGCCGUUUGAUGUGAUCAGCACACGUCUCUACAAUCAACCUGUCGAUCAUUUGGGAAAAGGGCAGCUUUAUAAAGGAUUCACCGACUGCCUCUCCAUGACGCUGAAAAAGGAGGGUUUGACAGGACUAUACAAAGGCUUGGGAGCCUCCUAUUUCCGACUCGGCCCGCACACCAUUCUGUCUCUGUUCUUCUGGGAUGAACUGCGCAAAUUGUACCAGAAGUUCAGAUAACAUCAGGGAAAAUGGAAAGCGAAGAGGAAAAAAAAAAUGGGUAACUCAUUAUGUUCUGAGUGCAGAGGUUAAACGAGUCCUCUUUCAAAGAGGUGGACGAAAAUGUAGGAGAUGCUCUAUUUUAUGAUUUUUUUUUUUUACCAGGAAAGAGCAAAGGUUACUUUUUACACUCCAUUGAGAAAACACAUUAAAGUUCAAUUAAGCAGGCAAUGAAGUCAAAGAUGUCUGAGCGUCCCUCUGAAACUCAGUCAUUUAUUAAACCAUUUUGAUUCGUC